AUGGCAUUCUCAAAUAUUUCCACCCCUCCCUUGCUCUUUGCCCUGCUCGUCGUGAGCGGUCUGGCUUCCAAAACAUUGCACAUCUUUCAGCAUCUCGAGUCUUUACCACUGCUCUAUCUUGUCAUCUACCUGCCCACGCUCUACCUGCCAGAUGUGUUGGUUAUCUGUCUGGGACGGGUCUUGCUGUUGUGGCCGGAGAGGCGCUGGCAAUGGCUUGUUUGUGCCGCUGGGGCAGUACUCGCGGUUUCCAGUCUCCUCACAUGGGGUGCCUCCGCCAUCGUGUUCGGGUUCUUCCUCCAGACAGGCGCCGAAGUCGAAUGGACCGCCACCGACAGCUUCGUCCGCGACCCUGCCGCCAUGAAAUUGCUUAUGAGUGGCAUCUCGACCGUCUGUGCCGCCGCAACAGUGCUGCUGCUCGUCGCCUGGCUCAUUGCGCCACGGCUAUACUCGCUCACGGGCUCGUGGAUGGACACACUCGGGGGAAUCUGCCGCUUGGGCGUCAAGGAAUCCUACACACUGCUGCCAGGCAAUGCCACGAAGGCUAGACGCUGGCGGUGCUCGCUGAAAUGGCUGAUUCCCGUGUCCGUCAUGACGGUGUCGUUGACCUUCCUGGAGUGUACGCGGCCGGCGGUCCCCUGGGACCAUCUGUCACGUGCUCUCCCGUGGACGCUGCUGGACGCCUUCCACACUCCGUCGACGGAACACUGUCGCCCGCCUCGGAUUCCCUUCCCCUUGGACACAGACAAGGACGGGAAAGGCCAUCAUGGCCAUCACGGGCAUCAUCCGCAUCACUGGGUGCCUGACUUCCGACCUGCGACGACCGACGAAGGCCCUCUCCAGCGCCCUGUCUGGCUGCCAGACCCUUCUCCGCCGGGGUUUCACCGCUGGGAUCAACAGCAUGGCGCCGACUUUGGAUACCAGCCGCGGUGUCCCGGGAACGACCAGGUCUACCGCCCGUACAACGCCCUGACCGAUCCGCUGAAAGUGUCGAAUCUCGGUGAAGACCUACUCGAGCCCCUCCAGCAGGUCUUGAACCGGUCCGAGGUCAGCAUUCAGCACGUCGUGAUCCUCACGAUGGAGAGCGGCCGCAAGGAGCUGUUUCCCAUGCAGUCUGGAACGCCACUUUACGAUGCUUUGUUGGAAUCCUACCGUCCUGCAGACCGCGACAUGGCUAUCGACCAGCUGUCGCGCAUGACGCCUGUCGCGCAGAUGGUCACGGGGGAGUACGCAGUGGACAGCCACGGCCAGCGGAAUGUGUUCAACGAUUCGUCGACGGUCUGGCAAGAUACGGCGGAAGAGGGGAUGGGCGGGAUCAACGUCAAGGGCGCCCUGACGGGCAGCACGCUGACCUUCAAAAGCCUGCUGAGCAGCCACUGCGGCGUGAGUCCGCUGCCAGUAGAUCUGUUGGAAGAGGUCAACCACCAGAUCUACCAGCCGUGUCUGCCGCAGAUCUUUGACCUAUUCAAUUCUUUCAAGGGGGAGACAGACCGGAUGACAGGGUUUCAAGCCCAAAAGUGGGAGUCUGUCUUUGUCCAGGCCGUCACUGACACUUAUGACCGCCAGCAUCGACUCAACGAGAUGAUGGGCUUCCGGCAUGUGGUGACCAAGGAGACCAUGAGGAACAAAAAGGCCAAAUACUUUCCUCCCAAGACGGAAGAAAUCAACUACUUUGGGUACGCCGAAAACGAAACAUGGCCGUAUUUAGCGGAUAUCAUCCACGGCGCCGUCGAGAAGAAGAAUCGACUCUUCCUCUCGCACAUCACAAGCUCGACACACCACCCCUGGCAUACACCCGAGGAUUUCCCUCAGAAGCAGUAUACAGGCCCCCGCGGCAAGCACAACUACAUGAACGAUUACCUCAACACGAUCGCGUAUGCGGACGAGUGGCUGGGAAGAGUGUUGCUCUUGCUCGACGAAGCAGGCAUCGCGAAUGAGACUUUGGUAGUCAUCGUAGGCGACCAUGGUCAAGCAUUCAGUGAAGACAGUAAAAUGACAGGGACGUUCGAAAACCCACACAUCAGCAACUUUCGCGUCCCGCUGGUCUUCCGGCACCCUCAUCUCCCCGCCUUGACUGUUUCGGCGAAUGUCACCUCCCUGUCCAUCGUCCCAACUAUCCUCGAUUUAUUAGUGGAAAGUGGCUCGCUGGACGCAAGAGAUAGAAGCGUGGCGUCCGGUUUGGUAAACGAGUAUCAAGGGCAAUCGCUUCUCCGCCCCUACCAGACAGAAAGAAAGAAUACGAAGCAUAGUAAGGGUAAAGGUAAAGAUAAAGAUGAUAAUGAGGUUUCUUUGUGGAAUUUCGGUCUCAUCAACGCCGGCGGGGCCAUGAUCUCCGUGACAGCCUCGAACAGCGCGUACAGGGUUAUCCUCCCCCUGUCGUCGAAAUUCGAGUACUCCUUCUCCAACCUUGAAACAGACCCUGGCGAGAAACAUCCAUUACACGACUGGACGGCAGACGGACUACUCGCCUCUGUGGCUAGUAAGUACGGCGACGGGGCCGCGGAAUGGGCUAUCGAUGCCAUACGGGUGGGUGGGUGGUGGGCCCAUGAGCAGAAACGGAUAUGGGAUUAUAGAGGGUAGCGAUGUAGCGUACAUAAAUUCUUUUUAUUACUAAACUGAUAGAUAGUUAAGUAGGAACUGGUAGGCUCUACAAAGUAAGAGCAUCUUCAUCAUCCAACCCCCGAAACUGAACCAUAAAGCCACACCCACCGACAAAAGCCAGGACUGCGAAAACCGAGUAAUUCCAGACCAGCAGCGGAUCACCCGACAGUCGAUUGAGGGCCUCCCCAAGAGCAGCGGAGAUGGCGUUUGUGAACAAGGCUAGAGCCUGGAUCAGCGAGCGCAGACCGGGGGGGGCCUUGGAGUAAGCGUAUUCCAUGGAGGUGAUGGAGGCGAAGAUCUCAGACAAGGCGAUGAGCACGUAGCAGCCUGUCUGUGCCCAGACGGAGAUUGGGGACGGACGCACGCUUCCAUCAU